CAGUACUUGGAUUCAUGGCUCAGAAACAGGGUGUUACAGUGGACAAUGUGGUUGAGUCAGGUCCAGGUUUGGCCUUCAUUGCUUACCCUCAGGCAACAGCUAUGAUGCCUUUGCCACAGUUUUGGAGUGUCUGCUUCUUCCUGAUGCUCAUUCUGCUGACAGUUGAUACAAAUUUUGUUAUUGUGGAGAGUGUUAUCACCACAGUGAGCGACAUGUUUCCGAAGUUGUUUCGUGCACCAGUGAGGCAUGAGAUCUUUGUCCUCAUCAUCUGUAUAUCCAGCUUCCUCAUACAGCUUACCUUGGUUACGGAGGGAGGAAUGUAUGUAUUUCAACUUAUAGAUUUCUAUGGCUCUACCAGAGUGUGUCAGAAUUGUAUGGCUAUUUGUCAAUGCCUGGCAGUGGGCUGGAUUUUUGGUGCUGACCGCUUUUCUAACAUCAUUGAGGAUAUGACAGGACAGAAACCUUCUGUUUUCUUCAAACUGUGCUGGAAAUACAUUAUUCCUCUGUGGUCACUGAUUUCCAUUAUCCUGUACCUGGUUGAUUACAAACACCUGUUGAUUAAUGACUUCUACAUUUACCCUGACUGGGCAUACGCACUAGGAUGGACCAUGACCCUUUCCUCUGUUCUCAUGGUGCCACUGUGGGCAGCUGGACAGAUGUGUUUGACAGCAGGAACCUUCAGACAGCGUUUGUCUGUCCUUUGUCGUCCUGCUGAAGCUCCAGCCUGGCGGAGGAGAAAAAUGGGAGAGAAGGGAACAACUGUUGAACUGACAACAUUCGCUGUGAGAUCUUAGUGUGGCCUCCAAAGUCAAGUUAACUAGACAUUUCAGCUAUCACACUGUAUAUAAGCUUAUUGCAAUCAGUGUAACUAAGAUAUUUGAACGGCAAAGCUCAAAAUUGUGCUAAAACAGCCC